CCACCACUAUGCCCGCCUCGCCCUCACCAGAAAGAUCACGCCGGCGCUCGGCCUCGCCGUCCCGCGAACCGCGGCGCGACCGCUCGCGCUCGCGCUCGCCGCCACCAAAGCAGUGGUCGCAGCGCAAGGCGAAGGAGCUGUCGUUCUACAAGAAGGGCGGCGCGGCCCCGCCGCCACCGCGCGCGCCGGGCGCGGCGUAUGUCGAGGAGGAGGAGACGGCCAAGGAGCGCGCGCAGCGCCGCGAGCGCGGAGAGGUGCCCCGCCGCUUUGGCGGCUCGCGCGAGCAGGGCGUGCGGAAUACGAUGGGCAACGUCGUCGUGCCCGUCGCUUCGGCGCCGGGGAGCUUCAAGCGGACCGGCGACCCGCUGGACCGGCUCGGCGUGCGCGGCGAGCCCAAGGACCGGGAGUACAGGAGAGAGGACCGCGACCGCGAGCGUGAGCGGGAUCGGUACAGGGAUCGAGACGACCGCGAUCGGAGGGACAGAGACCGCGACCGCGAACACCGCGACAGGGACCGCGAUCACCGGCGCGACGACCGCGACCGCGAGAGGCCAUCAGCCGCGUCUACAGCCCAGCCGCCACAGCGCCCGCCCGCCCCCGGCUCCAGCGCACCCCCGACCAUCCGCCCCGGCCGCAUGAUCGAAGUGAUCGCCAACGACCGCAUGGGACGUAAAGUCCGCGUCAAGUGCCUCCCGACCGACACGGUGGGCGACCUGAAGCGCCUGAUCGCCGCGCAGACGGGCACGUCGGCGCAGAAGAUCCAGCUCAAGAAGUGGUAUACCAUGUUCAAGGACCACGUCACGCUGCAGGACUAUGAGAUUAACGAUGGGAUGAGUCUCGAGAUGUACUAGGCGGCGCGGGGAGAGUUAGAGGUGUGCUGGGCUAUGGUGCGGCUGGGGCGAGGACUUCGUGGCGGCCUGCUGGCCCCCGAUGCCACCGAUAUGCAUUAUUUACCUACACCACUGUAUGCCAAGUCCCCUCGCCCGCCACUACAACCUCCCCUUCUCCUCCUUCUCCUCCUGGUAUCGCCCAAACAGCUCGUCGUAAACCGGCCCAACGAGCUCAACCAAAUCAUUAGUGACCAUGGCCCGCUUCUUCGUCUCCCAUCCGCGCCUAGAGACCGUGCGGUUGAAGGUGCUCGCGCCAUAAGCCGCCAGCAGCGGGAUGUGCGGGGUGAGCUGCUCGUCGGGCGCAUGCCCGACGUGGGCGUAUGCGCCGCGCGCCCACUCCAGUCCCCAGGCGAGCAGGGUGCCCGUAGAGCCGGAGAGGAUAUCCCCCUGCCCGCCUACGCGCUUGAGUCCGCCCUGCGUGCUCUCCACCAGCGUGUCGCCCUGCACGCCAAACACGGCGGGUAGCGCCGCGCCGUUGGAGAUGACGUCGUUCGCGCCUUUCUGGAUAAUCGUCACGUUGCCGAGCUUCUUCGCGAGCGCCGCACAGCUGCCUUCUGCCUUGGCGUCGAUGCCAGUCGCGGAGCACAGGCGCCCAAACUCCAUCACGUUCGGCGUGAGGAUCACGCGCUGCCCGUUCCAGCCGGACACUAGCUCGGGCUCCGAGUUGAGCAGCCACAGCCCGUCGGCGUCGACGACGACGCCCAGCGUGCUGUCCUUGGCGAGGCGGAGCGCCUCCCGCGCACAGCUCUGCAUGAACUCGCUCCUGCCGAGCCCUGGCCCAAUGACGAGCACGUGCAGGCGCUCCAGCACCGACUUG